AAGCCGCGAAGCAGCAUCCAAAGCGUGAUGUUGGGAAUGCCAUGGACGAUGAUGUCAAGGAGGUGCUGGCGGCGCUGCGGCGUGAGGCCUUCUUCUGGCGCGCCAAGCAGGCCACCAAGGAUCAGCUUCUGCGGCCCCUGGAGGAUGCCACGUCUGGCACGGAGCGCGAGGCUGUGGAGCGGGCCUUUGCUGCCAGCGGCUUCCGAGACAAAGUCAAGGCCUUCGCUUUCCUCCGCUUGCGCUCCAUGCGCCCAGGCACGCAGGACUCGCCGUCGGUGGACUGGGCGCGGCGCCAGUGGUCGGAGCUGCUGCUGCAGCGGCUCCAGAAGCUCUCCCAGGAGCAGCGGCAGCCCUUCCUGCGGCGUCGGCCAAAGCCGCUCACGUCGGAGGACAAUCCAGGCAAGCCGCGCGAGGAGGAGGUUAGCACUCGCCACAUUGUGGACCUCAACAGCCUCUACAACCUGAUCACCCGAGACUUGCGGACCCGUUUGGCGCGUGACAGUUCCAACCGCCCCGGCGCGAUGCCCGCCUUGGGCAGCGAGAUGAGCGGCAUCCACUUGAGGAGCCUGGAAGAGCUGCGUUUGCGGUACGGGGAGCUGGCGCCGGGCUACGGGCACUUGGGGGUCUGGCGCCCAUCGAAUUCCUGGGCCGAGGUGCCCGAGCUGCCGGAAGCACGAGACGCCAGAGCGGAGGCGGCGAAGCUGGAGAUGAAGCGGCGCCGGCUGGGGCAGAAGCUGCUGGUCAAUGCAUACCCCGCAGAGCUGCAGAUCCUGGCGCGCUUCGGGGUCUCGCCGAGCCUGCGGCGUGAGGUCUGGGGGGCCUGCCUGGGUGCCAAACAUGGUGCUGCCCUUCAGGAGGCCGCCCGUGGCAUUUGCGAGUGGGAGUGGCUCACGGACGAUGUGCUCCGCCUGGAUGUCGCGGAACAUUGCGCCAACGACGUGUCCUACUUCCCCUUCGACGAGCUGGUGGAGGCGCUGGUGCUGGCGCUGAGUCGGGACCCGCAGGUGUCGAAGCUCUGCGAGAGCGGGUCGCCGCAGAUCCCAAUCGUGGUGGGAGAGGCCGUGGCUCAGCGAGGUCCAGCGCUUUCCGAGGCUGUGGUCAAAGACACCGCAGGCGAAGGCGAGCAGUUCCUGCCUCCCUCCGGCGUGGUGCCCUUUAAAGGCUUCUCCAACUACGCGUGCCCCUUCGCCUUCCUUUCGGACCGCCUGGAGACGGCUUACCCGCUGUUCCGGGGCUUCUACUGUCGCCAUCUCUCCCGACUGCACAGCAUCUCCGGGCAAGCGGAAACGCUGGUGACGCUCUGCGGGCUCUUUGAGCAGCUGACGGCGCAGGCGGCGCCGCGGGCGGUGCAGCACCUGUUGGCGCUGGACACGUCACCCUUGCGCUACGCGUUUCACUGGAUUGUCACCGGCUUCGUGGGAUGCCUUCCUGCCGAGCAGAUUCUUCAUCUCUGGGAUCGAGUGCUCGGGUUCGACUCGGUGGAGCUGGUGCCCGUGCUGGCGGCCGCCGUCUUCGCACUGCGCGCCAGGCUGGUGCUGGCGGCCCGGCGCCAGGAGGAGGUGCAGCUCCUCUUCGCGGACGUCUCCUGUGUCAAGGCCAUCCCGCUGCUGCAGGCCUUUCUCUUCGGCUCUGACCUGGGCGUGGAUCCGUGGGACUUGUUCCGUGAGGUGAAUGGGCAAAUUCCGGACGGAAGAAGCACAGUGCUCAAGGAGCACCACGUGGGCAGCGUGGGCUUCUGGAGCCGGUCGUUCUCCGCCUCGGAUGUGGUGGCCAUGCGCCGAACACCCACGCGCCGGGUGAUCGACAGCCGCCAGCCCCCCGAGGAGCUUCUGAGCCCCAAGAGCACCAUGGAGGUUCUGACGCCGAAAGCCACGCUGGAUCCGGCCAAUCGGCGGUCGAGGCUGCACUACACAUGCCGCAUCGAAGAUGGCUUCUCCCCGACCAACUUCCUGCCCAGCGUGACUACCCCUGGGACGAAGAGCCGGGCGCUGGACGACUGGCGCGUGGGCGAGGGCAGUCGCAUUAUGAACUACCUGCAGCCCAAGAAGUACAGGCCGAUGUCGUUGUACGGCGAAGCCUUUCAGGGGAAGUGGAAUACUGAUUGGCACGACGUCAGCCACAUCAGCGCACUGAGGCAGAAGUACCCCUGGGCGCGUGAGAGCAUUGAGCUUAAGGCCCUUCCGCAUCCUGAAGGCCCCAACGCGCAGGAGAUCCGGCGCAACAGGAAUUUCGGGCCGAGUCAUGGCGCAGACAAGUGCGUGCGCGGCAUGAUCCGCUGCGGCUCGCUCUGCAUGAUCCCCUGA